AUGGCACGGAGCCCGCCAUCCGGCUCUACCGAUAUUCACUCUAACCCGCCUUACCUCAUCUACGCCUCACAUUCCCCGACCAUGGAUAUGGAACAGAUGUUCGGCGGAGGCGGCGGUGGGCAACCUGGGCAGAUAGGACAAUUUCCUCUUGAACAGUGGUUCUACGAGAUGCCAGUUUGUACGCGGUGGUGGACCAGUGCAACGAUCGCAACCUCAAUACUAGUACAAUGUCACAUCAUCACGCCUUUUCAACUCUUCUACAGCUUCCGAGCCGUGUUUGUGAAGAAUCAGGUACGGCAAUAUUCCCACUCCUCCUCCGCACCCUUAUCACGGAGCCUAUGCUAA